CUGCGUGAGUGGUACUUACAGUACUGCAGCCUCAGAAGAGGUGCUUCUGGAGCUCGGAGUGGUGCCGGAGCUGGUGCUAGUGCUUCCCCUCCUAGGCGGGAGCUGCCCUCUCCCCAGCAGCUCCGAGAGUGGUACGCUAGGCGCUGCAGUCUCCGGAGUGGCGCUCCCGGUGUCGUGGACUCUGGAGCUUCUGGAGUUACUGGAGGUGCUGCUGCUGCUGGCGGUGCGGCUGGCGCUGCUGGAGGUGCUGCUGGUGCUGCUGGAGCUGCUGGAGGUACUGCUGCUGCUGGAGGUGCUGCUGGCGCUGCUGGAGGUACUACUGGUUCUGGUGCUGCUGGAGCUGCUGGAGGUGCUGCUGCUGCUGGCGGUGCGGCUGGCGCUGCUGGAGGUGCUGCUGGUGCUGCUGGCGCUGCUGGAGGUGCUACUGGUGCUGGAGCUACUGGAGCUGCUGGUGGUACUGCUGCUGCUGGCGGUGCUGCUGGCGCUGCUGGAGGUGCUGCUGGUACUGGUGCUGCUGGAGCUGCUGGAGGUGCUGCUGCUGCUGGUGGUGCUGCUGGCACUGCUGGAGGUGCUGCUGGUACUGGAGCUGCUGGGGACCCUGCUGCUGCUGGCGGUGCUGCUGGAGCUGCUGGGACUGGCCCUGCUGAGGGGGUUGGAGCUGGAGGUGCUGAGCGGCCACGGCCGUACUACGUUCCGCUCCUUCAGCAGGUUCUUGGCCUUCCGCCCUCUCCUGGUCCUACUCCUCCCCUACUGAGUCCACCGCUUGUCCAGUCGCAGUCACAGUUACAGCCAGUCUCUCCACUUCCUGGUCCUUCUCCCUACACUGCGCCGACGGGAGGUCUUACGGAGCGUCGUGAGCCUGAGUCUCGUCCUCCGUCGCCUGAGACCGCGUCCAGAGUCGCCUCGUCCUCUCUUCCUGCUCUUGCUGACCCGGAGUCUGACUCUCUUCGUGCUGCCAGUCCUACUGUCACGCGUCUCCUUGCCACUGCUGUCACUGACCCUUCCUUUGAGUCCUCUGCUGCGUCUGCUCUAGUCGCUGAGCUUGUUGACUUUGCUGCUGCCUGUCGUCUAGACUACGCCGCUAGCCUUGUUGCUGAGUCUGAGUCUGAGUCUGUCUGUCCUCCGUCUGUCGGGGGUGAGUGUGCUCUUGGCACGGACGUCCUUGAGGACAGACAGGAGGAGUUUGAGUGCUUUGCCGCUGCUUUGCCUCAUCUCGUGUCCAUGCUAGUUGCCCCUGAGGGAGACCCGGAUGCACCAGACAUCCCGACCCCACGCUCCUACGCAGAGGCGAUGGAGGGUCCCUACUCCUCUCAGUGGCAGACAGCCAUGGACGCAGAGAUGGCAUCCUGGAAGUCCACAGGCACCUACGUCGACGAGGUUCCCCCACCUGGGGCGAACAUCGUCAGUGGCAUGUGGAUUUUCAGGGUGAAGCGGCCGCCGGGUUCUCCGCCUGUCUUCAAGGCGCGUUACGUUGCACGAGGCUUCAGUCAGCGAGAGGGAGUUGACUUCUUCCAGACCUUCUCCCCGACCCCGAAGAUGACCACUCUUCGGGUUCUGCUGCACGUCGCUGCUCAGCGUGACUACGAGCUCCACUCUCUUGACUUCAGCACUGCGUUCUUACAGGGCAGCCUGCACGAGGAGAUCUGGCUGCGCCGCCCACCUGGCUUCACUGGGUCGUUCCCUCCUGGUACCCAGUGGAGCCUCCGGCGGCCAGUCUACGGUCUCCGCCAGGCACCCCGUGAGUGGCACGACACACUGAGGACUACUCUUGCUGCUCUUGGGUUUGCUCCUUCUACUGCUGACCCGUCGCUGUUUCUACGCACCGACACCACUCUGCCGCCGUUCUACGUUCUUGUUUACGUAGACGACUUGGUCUUUGCUACUGCUGACACUGAGGCACUCGCCCACGUGAAGUCGGAGCUGCAGAAGAGACACACGUGCACAGACUUGGGUGAGCUGACAAGCUAUCUUGGCUUGCGGAUCACCCGGGACAGAGCACAGCGCACCAUCACCUUGACUCAGUCACACAUGGUGCAGCAGGUCCUUCAGCGCUUCCGCUUCACGUACUCCUCGCCUCAGCCCACUCCUCUGCCUACCGGUCACUCACUCUCAGCUCUGCCUUCGGAUGAGUCCGUAGAGCCGAGUGGCCCGUAUCCAGAGCUUGUGGGCUGCCUCAUGUACCUGAUGACCUGCACUCGACCUGACCUGGCAUACCCUCUUAGCAUCCUAGCACGCUAUGUCGCUCCCGGCCGUCACCGGAAGGAGCACAUGGAUGCCGCUAAGAGGGUGUUGCGCUACUUGUGCAGUACGUCGGGCAUGGGGCUCGUGCUUGGAGGUCGGAGCGACGUUGUCCUCACGGGUCACUCAGACGCUUCUUGGGCUGACGACCAGGCUACGCAGCGGUCGUCUCAGGGUUACACCUUCAGCCUUGGCUCUGGUUCAGUUUCUUGGCGUUCUACUCGCUCUUCUUCUGUUCUCAGCUCCAGUUGUGAGGCUGAGAUCUACGCCACAGCCAUGGCUGCACAGGAGUUACGCUGGCUCACCUACCUGCUGACCGACCUGGGAGAGCGGCCUCGUUCUCCUCCAGUGCUGUACGUUGACAACAAGGCCACCAUUGCCUUGUGUGAGGAGCACAGACUGGAGCACAGGACGAAGCACAUCGCUCUGCGCUACUUCCUUGCUCGAGAGCUGCAGCAGCGUGGUCAGCUUCGUCUGCGUUACGUGGCCACUCGGGCCAACACUGCUGAUGUGUUCACCAAGGCGCUUCAGCCUUGUGACCAUCAGCGUUUCUGUACUGUUCUAGGCCUUGUGCCUACUCUCCCUCACUUGCUCACUUCUUGA